AGGCAGAGCAGACAAAAAGAUGUAAAUUGCUUUACAUCAUUGCAUAUUCCUUCUGCAUGUAGCUUCUCAGCUUGAUAAGGUGUCUUAAAGCAGGUCACAGCAAUUGAUAUUUAAGAUAUCUCCGUCUUAUCUCUGUCUUUGAAAAACAUUGGGAAAAUGUUUUUCCACCGAUGAGGGCUGAAGUUGCUUUGAAAGACAUCUGGAGACUGUUAAUCUGCUGAGAAACACUGAAAUUCAUUAAACAUCAAAGCAACUGCCAAUUCUUUUUUGAAAGUAGUUGUAUCUGUACAGAUCUGUGUUUAACUACCUCUAAAAAAAAAAAAUCUAAAGCAGGAUCUUGCCUUCAGCUGGAAGCAAACUUCUCUGCCUUGUAAAUAACCUUCACCCAUGCAUUGUGGGACAUCAUGUGGGUCACGGUUACUUAUCCAAGAGGACACUGGCCCAUUUUUAAGACAGUCUUGCUAAAGUCACAUGGCUUGGAUAGAGGCUUGAGGAUAGCAAUGCCUCAUCAUCAGCCACCAACCACGAGAUCACAGGGAAGAGAAGAAACAGGGGGGAAUUCAACAAGGAGGAUUUCUGAAGCAUUAACCCGCCCCUCUGUUUCUUUCCAUCUCCCUCCCUGUAUUGGAUGAUCAGCCCUUGUGCUCAGUAACUCUUUUGUUCGCCAAAGCAUCCCUCACAUUGCUACAUGCCUGACUGGAGACAGCAACCACUAGCACAGAGUGUUUACUUUCUAAUCACUACGGACUGAGAAAAGUUUAAAGCAAGUGAUAAAAGGAUGAUUUCUUCACUAAAGGUUUAAUUUAUGUGCAUUUCUGGCAUGCCUCAUGGUAAGAAGUCCAGUUGAGCCGGCGGAUUCUCAUUAAUACCUCCACUGUGAAGGUCUUUUAUAGUGGGCUGAAACUUGAGUGCAGUGAGUGGUUACCUGAGCUGCAGAGGGAUGACUCUCCGAAGACCAGCUGCCCACCUGCGGAGGGCUCCCAGCUGGAGGAGAUCAGGAGAUGAGUCCUACUGGGAGAGCUUAAUAUCAGAGGGGGAGGUUUUGCCCCGUGUUACUCGCCCCCCACGUGCACCCCGGCCCCAGAGUGCCAUUGAGGGAGGCCAGCUGGACAGCUGGCUGGAGCACCUGCAGAGGAUGCAGAACGACCUUCUCGCAGCCCCAGUUCACGAUCAGGUUCCAGCUUUCAAUGAUCAGACAACAUCCAUGCCAGGUCUCGACAAGCAACCAAGCGGACGUGCCUGGAGACAGCAGGGGAUUCCCUCCUUCAGCAGAGGCUCAUCUACAUGUGGGAGUCCUAGCUUCUGUGAGAGUUCACUGGGAAGCCAGGAGUCCCUCCAAACUGGGUUUUUUUCUCCUCCAGACCGCAGAGGAAGCUGGGAGAGAGCUCAUAUCAUGCAGACCCCAAGGAAGGAGCAGGCACAGCUCAGUUAUCUUGCUCCAGUCAAAAUUGGUUGGCUUCCAAUCCAAAGAAAAGUGAUGAUGGUGGCAGAUGCUGCCAACCAAAACCAGUUUUUGGAUCACUCUGCUGGCCAGGUGAAACUGAAACAACCCAUCACUCCAACAUUUCAAAAGAGUCAAGCAACAGCCAGCAGGCACCAGGAUAGAGAAGUGGAGAGAAGUCACACCAGUCCGAGUACUUUGGGUGUGAGGACGUGGCAGCCACCUGAUCAAGGCUCACCCAUUACUAAACAGGUGCCAGAAAAACGAAGCUCUGCUGCUAACGAAGUGGACAGAUCUGUAGGCUGGCAAGCUCUGAGAAGAGGCUGGAAUGUCAACAGGCUGUCAAGUCUCCCUGGAGGCAGUCAGUCCAAUGAACUCCCCACAGGGACCGGCUCAGACUCCUAUAGGAAGUCCCCUCUGAUGAAAACAACCAGCGUAGAGCCCCACAAGCAUACUCCACUCCAUCAAACAGCUUCUGCUGAGCCCUGCAGAUCACACAUUCUGCCGCAAGGGACAAACAGCACAGAGACAUACAAGUCACAUACUCCUUUGCAUAGGACAAGCAGUCUUCAGCCUGUAAGGCCAACAGCCCCGCUGUGUAGAACAAACAGUAGCUCACAGCCCUCACACAUACAGACAAGCUCUGCUGUGACUACACUCAUCCCUCAGAGCAAAGCCGGCUUCUCCUCCAUCACCAUCUCCUCCAAGAAAGUCAGCAGAUCUGCCAGUCUACCAGUCACUGACAUCCCUACCUACAACCACUCAGCAACCAAGUCCAGGGAAUCCCCUUCUCCGCCACUAGCACACCAAUCCAUGGACCCAAACUCCAGACAGGUCACGGUGCAGAGGAAGGCCACCAUAGUCAAAGUGACAGAACAAAGAAUGAUGUCCAGCCCUAACCUAAGCAAAAAAAGAGCAGGUACACCACCAAGUAGCCAUGCUUUGGACACGGUGGUCCACAGAAGAAAGGCUACUAUUAUCAAAGUGACAGAGCACAGGGAGAGCUAUAGUCCAGCCAAGGUAGGGUCUGGGGCGAGGCACCCAGAGUACAGACACAGCUACACAGAGGGAGUGUACAAGGAAAACAGCAUGUGGAGUCCAGGAAAUCAUUCAGAACACAAUGCAAUGUCUUCAUAUCACCACCUGGAUUCCACAGAGAGGCCGUACUCUGCCGUAGCACCAAAUACAUCCACUUCUGAUUCAGAGAAAAAUGGUGGAACACUGCACACAUCCACGCUGAGGCUUAUUGUAAGCAACCCCCCUGCUAUAGCUGCAGCACCCACUCACUCAGAGUUUCCUCCGAGGGCUGUUGGACAGAGAUCGGAAAGGCCGAACAGACCACUGAGCUGCUAUGGCAAUGUGUUUGGACACACUGAGCCAAGCAAGGAGAGUGUGACACAAAAUGCUGCCAGGAAAUGGAGUUUUGAACUUCCACAAGAGACCAAUAUCAACCCUGUGAACUUGCGCGGCGGUUUCAUCAGGCCCGGAAUAGCAGUGAACGAUGCAGGUCAGCUAGUGGCAGACAGCCUUAAGCCAAACAGAGGCGUGAAGGAAAGAUUGCCAGAGGAUGCAGUGAGGAGAUCGUCCCCCAGUCCAACUCUCAUCAAGGCUCCGGAUCCCCACUCACAUCAGUCUCCAGAGGAACUGCUUGCCCUCAAUGCAGCUGCGAUCAUAGCAAACAUUAAACUCCAAAGACAACUUAGUAAGAAGAAAACACCAAAUGGCACUUCUGAGAAGGACUCCGAUGCCUCACCCCAGGGAAAUACUGUGACAGACGAGGGGAAAUGUACGAAGCCACAUCCUGAUCAAAGUCGAGUCCUGCGCCACUACCAGCCUCAUGCUGGAUUUGUUCCAUUGAGUCUUGACCCUGAAAGGUCAGCUGAAACUAUUUCUCUGCAGGAAGCACUGCAGAGAUCCAGACCAGACUUCAUCAACCGUUCCCAGGGCAGAGUGCGAGAGCUGGAGCAAAGGGCACAAGAGAGGAGGGACCCGCAGUCGCAUGCUGCUCUCAUGCAGAGGAGAGCCCACAGCGCCCGAUCCACUUCUCUGAGCGAUAACCUUUUCAAACCCAAAGAUAGAGCCAUUACCGGGAGAGAGAUGCAGCUCAGAUCCAAGCGCACGCCUGCAGAUGUGAAGAAGAAAAAGGAGGAAGAGAAGAAGAGGGAGGUCUGUUUGAGCAACAGACAGCGAGUAGAGCUUUUCAAAAAGAAACUGUUGGAUCAGAUUCUUCAAAGGAGCAACAAUUGAAUGACUGAUAGCAGAUGAAGAUGCUGAUAUGAAAAAGCCUGUAGCAUUACAUAAAAGACUGAUGAAGUGAGCUUGAUAUGAAUUAAUAUAUUAAUGUAGGUCAUGUUACAACUAGCUGUCAUUUAGCCCCAUUUUGUUUCUCUCAUGUACCAUCAUUAUACAAGCAACAGAGCUUAACAUCUGUUUUUCUGAGAGAUAAAUCCAUGGCAAUAUUUCAAAAUCCAGAAGUUUGUUUAACAUCACUUGCCGCUGUUUUCAGGGUUCAACAAAGAUUCAUCUGCCUAUCUGGGUAAAAAAUAUUCUGUCUGAUGCACAAUAAAGAAGUGUUUAGCCUGUUUCCCUUGUUGUGACUCUAAUGUAUCUCCUAAUCCAACAAAAGAUGGCAGGCAAAAGUGAUCUUUUUGCUUGUUUUGUAUGAAAUAUGCUGGAUGAGAUAUGUGUCUCUUUGCUUGGAUAAAGAAACAGAGUAGCAAUUUGGGACAGGU